AUGUCAAGGCCUGUUGAGAGAAUAGCAGAGAUCAAUGAUGGAAAAGAGCUUUGGAAGAUUGUUGUUAGGAUUCACCACAGAUGGAAAGUUGUCUCCAACAACAAGGAACAUUUUGAAAUGAUCUUUGUUGACAAAUUGGGAGAUGAUAUUCAUGCUGUUGUUCCAGCACCGCAUGUGUCGGUGUUCACCGAAAAAUGCUUAUUAGGCCAUACUUAUGUUGUAUCUAAUUUUAAGGGAGAUGUCGUUGGAAUGGUUGAUAGUAUUGGUUAUGCACAGACUGAGUCAGGUGCAAAGAAGCAGCAAAUUAGCAUGAUGUUGCGUGAUCACAGCAACAACAUGUUGAACUGUACUCUGUGGGAAUCAUACGCGGAUCAGUUCAUCAAGUUUAACAAAGUUAGGGUUGCUGCAUCACUCCCUACAGUUGUGUUGCUUCAGUAUGCCAAAGUGAAGGAAGAAGGAAAGUAUCCUCUGUCUGUGACAAACACCUACAAUGUGACCCUUUUAUGUGUUGAUGCUGAUUUUCCGGUCAUGAAAGACUUUAUUGAUAGAAUGCCUGAGGAGAGCAGGGUAACCCUGUCUGAACAACUUGGAGGGAAUUCCCAAUAUUCCUCCCAAAGUUCUGAAAAUCAACAGCUCACUCCUGUGCAAAAAUUGUUCUCAAAGGCUGUUGUUUUGCCUAUUGCUGAGAUUAUUCAACUUACGGAUGUUACAUUUUGUGCUACUGUCGCUACAACAAAAUUAUUAGUAGCAUCUCCGUUUGGAUGGUACUAUCGUGUCUGUCAUAUGUGUCAAUCUAUAGCGCGUGGGGACAGCCCCCCCUUUGAGUGUGAAGCUGGUCAUGAAACCAUGGCUGAAGUCCUUAGGUUUUAG